AUGAGGUUAGUUUGCAGAGUUGAUUUUUUUUUACCAACCCCACCUGAAAAGAGGUCCCUGCAGUAUCAUUUUAAAGAUAAUCUUCAUUCCUAUGUCUGUUCUAAAAUUCACCCUAUUUAAAGAAAAUUGGCAAAGUUUCAAAAUAUUUUUAUUCACUCAAAUCAUCCCAUUCUAUUUAUUUUCUAUUUCCAGAGAUAUGCAACCACCCUCAAUGGGUGUCAACGGAUUCGGUCGUCGAAGCCAUAAUUUUUCCUCUCCUUCACUUGCCGAUUACAGAUCUCAACACCAUCAUUAUGGUUCUCAACCAAGCGUAAGUUUUUGCUUUUUUCCCAUCUUCAAUUUUUAAUUCCACCCCACCACGCAUUUUUUGCUUGCCAAACAAAAUCACACCAGAACGAAUGACUCAUUUGUAACACAAAGAUAAAUAAAAAACCAUUUUGGUGAAUCACCAACGGAAAUAAUAGUAAAAAAAACAUAUGUUUGUUUUCUAUUCAGAUUGUACAAGGUAACCAGUCACCACCAGAUUAUUCGUUGCUUUUCGAUCAACCAGUCGUUGUGUUGAGAUCGAAGAAACCAAGCACUGUUCGAUCGGCAAAAGAAGAAUCUCGACUUCGUUCACAACAACCGCCGAACAAUAUUCAAAGAGUUCAAGUAGUUAGAAGUCGUCCGCAAAGUACCACUUCAUAUAACAGUUUGGGUUAGUUUAUUUCCGGAUUUUUUCUAUUUUUUUCUUGUUUGUGAAAAAUUCGUGUUCAGAAACAUUUUUUUAUUUUUUAUUUACAAAAAGUCGAAAAUUUACCUGAAAUUUUCAAAUGAAAUUUCUAGAUUUUAUUUUUCAAAGUUUCUGAAACUCAUAAUUUCUUGAACGAUUUGGAAUGCAAUUUUCGAAUUCUCAAAAAUGCUCGAAAAAUUUUAAGAUUCCAGCAUAGUCAAACUGUGGAAUUUUUAGAAUCUAUUUUCAUUUCCAAACUUGUUUUCGGAUAUUAUAAAGAUUAAUCUUUUAUUAAUUUUUUUUCGCAAAAGUAAAUCUCAUAUUUCAAGUCCAGCAUCAUAAUUCUAUCAAGAACCCUAUCUCUAAACCCUUCUGAUGUUCGUUUUUCCAGCAUCUUCCGGUAUUGACAACGUUCAGUGGCGCAAUUCAGUCAUGUCUUCAGUCACUCCAGACAGUCGAAGAUAUACAUUAUAUGAUGAUGAAGAUAAUCCACGAGUGGUAAGUCAAACAAACGCAUAG